AUGGAGAAUAAGAAAGAAAAACUAAAAAGGAAGCUUAUGAUCUUUUAUUUUCUUCAUCGGAAUCAGAAGGUCUUGUCACCCGCUACACAAGAGCCUUUCACUAAUUGCAGGGAUGUUGUCAGCAAGAUCUACUUAAAAAAGGGAUACUCCUUGGAAUGUGUUAAUAUUAUUAUAAAUUCUCUGUGUCAAAAACACUCUAUUACAAUACAGUUCUGUGUUGGUGUUAUCAACAUUGGUGGAAAUUCUGCCAAACAAAUAAAGCUGACCCAUUGUCGGAAUCAGUUCCCCUAUUAUUAA